AACCCUUCUCAAAAUGGCUAACAACAAGCUCCAUGUUCGGUCUAUAAGCCUCCCUACAAGGCCUCAUCCAAGCACAGCCAGAGUAGAAGAACAGCUGAACAAGCUCCAAGCUUGGGAAUCUGAGGCCACAUCAGGCUCAUCAUCAUCAUCAUCAUCACUAUUCAAAGGCUUAUCUGGGCUAGAAGAGUUGUACGAGUGUGUUGGAGAUCUUCUCCAAAUGGGGUCAACCCAACAAGUCCUUUCCAAAAACCAACAUGAGAACAAGUACUACUACUGCUUGGAAGAUUUGUUGGAUGGAUCACUAAGGCUCUUGGACAUCUGUGGUGUCACAAGAGAUGUUUUGCUUCAAACCAAAGAACAUGUUGGAGCUCUUCAAUCUGGUCUUAGGAGAAGAAAAGGUGACCCCACUAUGGAGACCAACAUCACAGCCUACAAUUGCUUCAGAAAGAAGAUGAAAAAACAAGUCAAAAAGUUGAGUUUGGCAACGAAGCAAGUGAAUAAGAGGUUUGAGGCACAAUCCAUCAUAGGCCAAGAUGAUGAUGAUCAUCAUCAUCACUUUUGCGCUGUGAUGAGUUCACUCAGACAAGUUUGUGCCAUGAACAGCUCGAUCUUCCAAGCUCUAUUUGUCUACUUAAUGGCUCCUAAGGUCAAGUCAAAGUGGUCUCUGGUGUCAAAGCUGGUGCACAAGAGUGGUAGCAGUGCCGUAGCUUGUGAAGAAAAGUUAGAGUGUGGGAAUGAGUUGGAGAGUGUUGAUGUUGCUCUAUCAUCAUUGUUUGGUUGCUGUGAUGGUGUGAAGCUCCAAACAGCUCAGAAAAAAUCAGAGGCUUUGGAGAUGAGCUUAGAUGGGCUUGAGAAUGGUUUGGAGAGUUUGUUUAGGAAGUUGAUCAGAACAAGAACCUCUCUUUUGAACAUAAUCUCUCAAUAGAGAGAAAAAAGAGAGAGUUCUAAUUCCCCAGUCUGCAAGGCAUUUACCAAUUUUUUUAAGGAUUUGCUUUGGAAUUAAUUCAAAUUUUGAUCAUGAGAAUCAAUAUCAACCUAUGUAAAUUAUUGUUCUUAUUGUACAAUAUAUAUACAAAUUUUUGGCUAUC